AUGACAGCCACUGAACGACAAGAACAAGACCGACCCGGGAAACUUGGGCAAAAGCCUCGAUCCUGUGUAUCAAUCCGUGAAUCCGUGAAUCCCGUUAUCCCCUGCGAUUUGUCAGCUUUUGGACUGCCUUCACCUGAUCGCAUCCCAUUUGAGCUCACACCAACUGCUCUCUUGACGGCAUGUAGCAUGCACAAUUCGACGACUCUAAAAGUUGAUAACGUCCUUGCAUUGCCAAAAUGA